AGUUUACAACUGGCCGUGUUCUGGAGUAACGCAACAUGGAAAACUACACAUCGGAUAGUAGUGAUAGUGAAAAUAGUACCAAAGUGAUUGAUUAUGCCUAUUUGUUGUUGGACCCAGAAGCGAUAAGCCAGAAACUCGAAGAGUACUUAGACGAAAAGAAAUCGUUUCUACUAAUAGAAAAGCAGAUACUACACCACAAUCACCUGCCUUCGUUACCGGACAUCCUAUUUAAAUUCUCCAACACCAGAGUUUUGGAUAUAAGCAACACAGGCAUCGAAGAGCUGCCGGAUGUCUUCCAGUUCUUUCCGAAUAUUACAUCAUUCAUAGCCAAAAAUAACUUUUUAACCUGCAAGUCGUUGCCCAGCUCGUUUUCCAAGAGCACCACUUUGAAGGAGCUCAAUCUCAGCGGAAACAGGCUGGUCAACUUUCCCGAACAAAUUUUGGAAUUCACCAACUUGAAAUUCUUGUAUUUGGGCGGAAAUGGCAUGCUCGAAAUAUCGAAGAACAUUUGGAGAUUGCAACAUUUGCAAAUGUUGUCUUUUGGUGGCAACAAACUCACCGAAGUGCCCUCGACAUUGGGAUUACUCGAACAUCUGCAAGCUUUAGUAUUAUGUGAUAACGAAUUAGAAAAUUUACCGGCAAAUAUCGCCAAUUUGCACAAGCUAAAGUCGUUGUUUCUGCACAAAAAUAAAUUAAGGACUCUACCGCCUGAAAUAGUAGCUCUAAAGAAUCUGAGCGAGUUAAGUUUGCGAGAUAAUCCUUUGGUGGUGAGAUUCGUUAGUGAAAUGAGUUACAAUCCGGCGAGUUUAUUAGAAUUAACUGCGAGGACAAUGAAAUUGUACAAUAUACAUCACGAAAAAGGGGACUUGCCAAAUACUCUGCACAAUUACUUAGAUACGGCUCAUCAUUGCGUGAAUCCCCAUUGCAAAGGAGUAUACUUUGAUAACAGAGUGGAGCAUAUAAAAUUUGUGGAUUUUUGCGGGAAAUAUCGAAUACCUUUACUCCAAUAUUUGUGUUCUUCAAAAUGCGCGAACACAGCCAGCACAAAUAUCAACGAAAAACCAUCGAGGUCUUAUAUGAUGAAGAAAGUACUUCUGGGUUAACCCAGUUGGACCAAUUAUGUAAAUGCUAUUUUCAGUCAAUAAAACUUAUCACGUC